AUGGGAUAUACUUCAUUUUUGACAUUGAUGCGAGAGGAUUUGAAGUACGCACAUAGAAAAUAUAUGGUUAAAGUUCUGAGGAAAAGUCCCGGACUCUUAGUAUUGGAUGAAGGGCACAAUCCGAGAAGCACUAAGUCCAUGUUGAGGAAAGUUUUGAUGAAGGUACAAACAGAAUUGAGAAUACUGCUGUCUGGUACAUUGUUUCAGAAUAAUUUCUGUGAAUACUUUAACACUCUCUUGUUGGCAAGACUAAAAUUUGCAUAUGAGGUGCUGAAAGUAUUAGACCCCAAAUACAAGAAGAAGAAAGGAAAACAUGAGAUGUUGAAGAGGCUGCACAAGAAAAUGCAAAUGAAUGAUGAAAGAAUGGAGAGUGCAGAGGAAGAGAGGGAGAACAAGAAGGAAGGAGAGGCUGAAUGGAAACAUGAGGCUGGGGCAGAUUGCAAAAGUAGUUAUCAAUCAAAGAAUCCACCCCCACCUUAA